CAAUCGAAGUGAACAAAAAACACCCAAAACAUACCAGUGUUAAAAACAAUUUUUUAAAUUUUAAAUAAACUGAGCAUGCGCAUAUAGCAUAAGAGUUAAACGUUCGCGCCAUCAAUUUGAAAUUCAAACGUAAAUGUUCAUUUUAAAACUUACUUUUUUUUUCUGUCAAUAUUUUUUUCUUCAAUAUUACACAUUAUGUGUAAAAUAUCUUCUACGGCAUUAUAGAACAAACUUGUUGUGUAAUUAGAUUAACCUAAAGUAAAAGAAAUAUCCUAACUUUAAUAACACUGAAAUAUCUAAAGCAAAGAAACAAAAUGAUCAGAUUUUUUAUUCAUGUUUCUUUAUCAUAAUAGAACAGAUACAUUAUAAGAGUUACCAGAAGAUCCCUUGGAUAUAUUCAACUAUAUGUAUGUACAUAUUUACUCUGUGAUACCUGUACAGACAGUGUAUAUGUAUGUACCUACUAGUAUAUGUUCCGUUAACGCGUGUCUACAUAUACUUAAAUAAAAUACUAUAUUGUAACGUUGACUGAACUAAAGAAUAGAACGAAUGCAUUAGGCGAGAAAAAUGUCAAAAACGUCCUCGGUUUCCGUGGAGGGGAGUUCGAGAUCAUUGCUUGUUUUCUAAAUACAUAUGUAUACAUUAAAAUGGAAGUUUCAAAAAGUGAGCAUCUACUUGAUACCUGUGAACAAAUUUACGGGGACGAGUGUAGAAUAUGUUUAAAAAGAGCCGUUGAAAUUUGCGAAUUAUUUAGAAAUGGAGACGCUAUUCCUCAUAAACUUAUGGCCGUUGCUUCUGUACAGGUGGAACAAGGUGAUGGUUUACCUCCAGUGAUUUGUGUACCUUGUAAUCAACGUUUGGAUGCAUCUUAUGAUUUUAAAUGUCAAAUACAAAAUUCAGAUGAAAAACUUCGUCAAUUUUUAAAAUUAAAAUCCGAUAAUGAUUCAAUUAGUAGCACCACCAUAGUUACAGCAAUAAUUGCUGAUGUGAUAUCUAAUGUAAUAUCUUCUGAGAAAGAAAGCUCAGUUAAGCCAGAAAUUUGUUCUACAGAUUUUUGUUCUGAUAAUUUUUCUUUUACAAAGGAUGAUUCUUUUUGCCUUAGUUCAGAAAAGAACUUAUUUUGUUAUGAAAAGGAAUCACAAAGUCAAUUGAAUGAUAAAGAACAAAAGAAAAGCACAGAAAAUGUAGAUAUUUGUACAAGUUUGUUAGAAGAAGAUUCUCUAAGGUGCGUUAAUUUUGUUAAACAACAAGAAUUGCAUUUAUCGGAUACUUGCAAGGUACAAGACAAGGAUACUACAUCAAAAAUUGAAAUUAGUAACCAAGUAUCUGAAAAUCAACAAAUGUUAGAAGAGACAUUAAAAACAGAUGGUGGUGCACAAGACGAUGAGGAGAAACCUUUAAUUGUACGUGCAACUAGAUUUCGUUGUACGCAGUGUAUUAAGUCAUUUCAUACAAAAGUGGCCUUGCAGAGACAUGCUAUUGUACAUAAGCGUAAAACUAAAUUGCGGUAUGUCUGUUAUGUUUGUGAUAAGCAGUAUUCAACUCUUGUGAAAGCAAAAAGUCACGUAGCAAUUUGUCGUGAAGCUCAUGACAGGAAAGAAAAUAUUCAAGAUAAAAAAAUCAGUUACAAGCAAGAACAAGAAGUUGCAAAUGUGCAAGAUAAAAAGUUUAAUAAUAUUCAAGAUAAAAGAAUAAAAAUUCAGAAAAAUGAUAAUUCUUUUAAAGAACAACGAAAAAGUUUAAAAUUGAAUUGUAAAGUUUGUUCAAAACAAUUUACUUAUCAAAAGUCGUUUAUAACACAUGCUAAAAGUCAUCCAGAAUAUAAGUUACAAGAAUUGGAUGAUUCUUCUCUGUGUUCGACAAAAGAAAAGUCAACAGAAAAUCUGGAAGAACAGGAGGAAGAAGAUGAAGAAGAGGAUGAAGAAGAGGACGACGAAGACGAGAACCUUCCUGCUGAAAGUCUACAGUGCACUCAAUGUGGAAAGUUAUUUGCAACAAAGAAAAAUCUUAAAAGGCAUAUUUCUACGCACAGCGGAUUAAAAUACACUUGCGAGAGGUGUGGUAAAGGAUUUUCAAGAAUAGACAAAUUAAAAGAUCACGAACAAUCAAAACACAAGUCUGAAGUAUUUGAAGACUCUGAUUUUUCUGACAAAGAAGAUAUGGAUGAUAUAAACAGGGGGGAUUGUUUAGAAGGAAGAAAAAAAGAUCGUGACAACAGACCGCACAAGUGUGCAAUGUGUCCUAAAUCCUUUGCCCAAGCUCAAUCUUUAGCGAAUCAUGUUGAACGUCAUAAACGUGUUAAAGAAACCCAGAAAAGGUUUCUUUGCGAGGUUUGCAGUAAAUGUUUUGCGCAAAGUGGUUCUCUUGUUGCGCAUAUGCGUACACAUACAGGAGUUAAACCGUAUGUUUGCAAUGUGUGUAGUAGGGCUUUUACAAAGAGCACUUAUUUACAACUGCAUUUACGUACACAUAGCGGAGAGAAACCGUAUAUUUGUCAAUAUUGUAGUAGAGCUUUUGCGCGUGCAAAUACAUUGGCACGGCACAUUACCAUGCACACAGGAGAAGCGAAGUAUCAUUGUCAGAUUUGUACAAAAUCAUUUAGAAGACUGACCUCAUUGAACGAACACACUUAUACGCAUACUGGUCAACGACCAUACGCCUGCAAAAUUUGUACAAAGAGAUAUAAUAAUGCUGGCUCGCUUUACGCGCAUAGAAAAAAGUGUAAAGCACAGCAGUUAUCUAAUAGUGGAUUUACAGUUUCUGUAGAAAACUCGAUAUCGCACCAAGAUAUAAACGUUCCACAGGUUUUGAUUUAUUCACAGCGAAAAUUAGUAGAAGACGCAACGGUUGGACAGGUUACACCCACGCCUCAGUACAUGAUUCCAAAUGUACAUAAUCAAAAGAGUUUGGGAUCAAAUAUUAUUCAACCAUUUACGAUGGAAGAUCCAAAUGGUUAUACAAUUAAUUCAAAACCAUUUAAAAACCCCUAUUAUACGAUAUAUCCAAAUAUGUAAAAUAACGUGUGCCUAAGAUGCAUUAAACUAUGUCCUUUUCAGGCUUAUUUGUACGCUUGUCUUUCUGUUAAAAGGCGAUAAAUAUGAGAGUAAAAGCGUUAUAAAUAAUUAUAAGGUAAGUAUUGGAAUAGGUAAAUAAAUUAAAAAAAAAAAAAA